AUGGCGAAAACGUCUCUAAAUUCGUAUUUGCAUUCGGUCAAUGAGGCUGUUCAGAAUAAUGAUAGUGAUGAAGCAGCGCGCCUGCUGUCAUUUCGGGACCCACAUGUGGCCAGCCCAAAUCUACAGCUGGAGAAAGCUGAUGCUCAGUGCAGACGUGUGUUGGACUCACCCUUUGAUGAAAUGGCAGCAGCUCACCUCAGAUGCUGUUGGGCUGUUGCAAACCAUGAUUUUGCUGAGGCUUACAACAGUCAAGCUGUUGUUGUCCAAUCAUUCCUGAAAGCUCUUCAGUCUCAGAAGGAAGAAAACUGGGCUCUUCCAGUUAUGUUUGCUGUUGCACUUGACCUUAGAUUGUUUGCUGUUAAUGCAGAUAUUCAGUUGGUAGCCAAGAACAGAGGCAAAGCUGGGGAGAAGUUGGAGAAGGCAGCAGAGUUGCUAAUGGGCUUGUUCAGAGUCUGUGCCUCAGACAACCGAGCUGCCAUAGAAGAUUCUAAAAAGUGGGGAAUGCUGAACCUUGUCAACCAGCUGUUCAAGAUUUACUUUAAGAUUAACAAACUCCACCUUUGUAAGCCGUUGAUUCGAGCCAUUGAGAGCCUUCCAAUCAAAGACAAGUUCAGUUUGUCGCAGUUAGUCACAUACAGAUUCUAUGUUGGGAGGAAAGCUAUGUUUGACAGCGACUAUAAAAGUGCUGAAGAGUACUUGACUUUUGCUUUUGAAAAGUGUCACAGGGAGAGCCAUAAGAACAAGCGGCUUAUCCUCAUCUACUUGGUCCCGGUGAAAAUGUUACUGGGCCACAUGCCAAAGGCUGAACUGUUGAGAAAAUAUGACUUGCGCCAGUUUUCUGAUGUCUCACAAGCUGUCAGCUCUGGAAACCUGCUACAGUUGAAUGCAGCUAUGCAAAAGCAUGAAGCAUUUUUUAUCCGCUGUGGCAUCUACCUCAUUCUGGAGAAGUUGAAAAUCAUUACAUACAGAAACCUCUUCAAGAAAGUGUAUUUGAUCAAUGCAAAGAAUCACCUAAUAGACAUCAGUGCAUUCACUUUGGCGCUCAAAAUGAUGAAGGUCGAAGAUAUUGAUGAUGAUGAAACACAGUGUAUUCUGGCCAACUUAAUUUUUGAG